CACUGAGAGCGGCCUGUUCGUCGUCGGUGUCUGAAGCUGAGGAGCUCGGCGGCGGCGCGAGCCCCCGGCCCGGCCCGUCCUUUGCCUCCCGGCGUCCGCUCCCCUCGGCUCGGGGCGCCCUCUCGAUCUCGCAGCCCGGCCUCGGCCCCCUGCCUCGCCGCCGCAAUGAUGAUGAUGGCGCUGAGCAAGACCUUCGGGCAGAAGCCCGUCAAGUUCCAGCUGGAGGACGACGGCGAGUUCUACAUGAUCGGCUCUGAGGUGGGAAACUACCUCCGUAUGUUCCGAGGUUCUCUGUACAAGAGAUACCCCUCACUCUGGAGGCGACUAGCCACUGUGGAGGAGAGGAAGAAAAUAGUUGCAUCGUCACAUGGUAAAAAAACAAAACCUAACACUAAGGAUCAUGGGUACACGACCCUGGCCACCAGCGUGACUCUGUUAAAAGCCUCAGAGGUGGAAGAGAUUCUGGAUGGCAACGAUGAGAAGUACAAGGCAGUGUCCAUCAGCACGGAGCCCCCCACCUACCUCAGGGAACAGAAAGCCAAGAGGAACAGCCAGUGGGUGCCAACCCUGCCCAACAGCUCCCACCAUCUGGACGCUGUGCCCUGCUCCACGACUAUCAACAGGAACCGCAUGGGUCGGGACAAGAAGAGAACCUUCCCUCUCUGCUUUGAUGACCACGACCCAGCUGUGAUCCACGAGAAUGCGUCCCAGCCUGAGGUGCUGGUCCCCAUCCGACUGGACAUGGAGAUCGAUGGGCAGAAGCUGCGGGAUGCCUUUACUUGGAACAUGAAUGAGAAGUUGAUGACCCCUGAGAUGUUUUCAGAAAUCCUCUGUGAUGACCUGGAUUUGAACCCACUGACAUUCGUGCCAGCCAUCGCCUCUGCCAUCAGGCAGCAGAUCGAGUCCUACCCGACAGACAGCAUCCUGGAGGACCAGUCAGACCAGCGUGUCAUCAUCAAGCUGAACAUCCACGUGGGAAACAUCUCCCUGGUGGACCAGUUCGAGUGGGACAUGUCGGAGAAGGAGAACUCACCGGAGAAGUUUGCCUUGAAGCUGUGCUCAGAGCUGGGGCUGGGCGGGGAGUUCGUCACCACCAUUGCAUACAGCAUUCGGGGACAGCUGAGCUGGCAUCAGAAGACCUACGCCUUCAGUGAGAACCCCCUGCCCACGGUGGAGAUUGCCAUCCGGAACACAGGCGAUGCUGACCAGUGGUGUCCGCUGCUGGAGACCCUGACAGACGCCGAGAUGGAAAAGAAGAUCCGGGACCAGGACAGGAACACAAGGCGGAUGCGGCGUCUCGCCAACACUGCCCCGGCCUGGUAACCAGCCCAGCAGCACUCGGCUCCCACGGAGCAUUCAGAAGGUCAGCCCGCCUCUCCUCCAUCUUCUGGCAAGGGGGCAGCCCAGGCCGUCCUGAGGAGCACGGGCAGGGGGCCGUCCAGGCCACCCUCCCCCAGGCACACAUUCCAUUUGCUGAGCCCCAGGCCCGACCUUCCUGGUCAGGAAGAGGCCUCACUUGGGGUUGUGUUCUGUUUUUGUAUAGGAGCCCCAGGCAGGGCUAGCAACACUUUGUCAAUAAAGGCAACAGGUCAUGUUCUGUGUCUUC